AUGCCUAACCCCACUGAUGAACUCAUCUGCGCGUGUCUGACGCGAGUCUACGCUGACCACGCCACACGAACAGACAGACUGACAUGCAAACUGGAACACGCUCUACCCAUACGGCAUUCGUUUUUUCGGCUGAAGAGAGUGCCUCACUUCCACACCCGCGACGACCUACACAACGAGCACACACCCGCAUAUAUUCCAAUCUACAGAUUGGAGAACGCAUCGUUAGAAAGUCUCUCUCAGAAAACUAAAUCCGGGUGUCGCAGAGUUCUUAUUGAGGGAGAUCUGGGAACUGGAAAAACUCUGGUCUGCCAAAGGCUCUUGCACGAGUGGGCCAAAGCCAUGCAAUUUUUCAGGCAUGUCAAAAUAAACCAACCGCACAUCACUGUUGGCUGUGAACAAGAUGGAGGCACAAGUUCACAAUCUGGACUUAUAACUAAACCACAAGCAUCCACUGACGGAGGAUCUGAACACAGAACAGCAACAGGAAACGCCUUGGCAGAAACAUCGCUUUCUGAGAAUGAUGACAUUGGGCAAGAAGACGCGAAACGAAAAAGGCGAUCGUGGAAUCUUGCAGCGUGUGGAGUAGAUAAUACUUCGACAGAAGGUAUCAGCAUAGAUUCAGCGGAUGUUAGAAUUCAGAUUCCCGCAUGUCCAGAUAUGAAGCCAGGAAAUAUUGCAACUGUUUCUCCAAAAGAUGCUAUUGAGAUCGCUGUUAUUACAGAUGGGAAUGCAGCAGAAGAAGGUCACAGAUCUCGCCGAGCUUUGUUUGUGGAGCAGAAAGAAGACCAGCGGAAGUCUCCACACAGGAAUGAUAGUUCUAGUUCAAAGUCAAAGAUGAACUUGAGAAAAGAAAGUAGAAGCAGAAGCAGUGAAGAUUCAGAAAAACUAAACGCCAACAAGAAACGAAACAAAGCAUUUGAUGGAAUUCCACAGAAGUACCUCUCUUUACUCAACAUUGGAAGUUCUGGAGACGGGGAUAUUGAGUCUCCAAAUAGAUGUAAAUCAUUCCGUGAAUCACGGCGCCAGCGUCCGUCCCGACUGACCAGCAACCUCACUGAUUACAAGGCUAUGAUAUACAUCCCCUGUGUUCGUAUGGCGCUUUCAGACCUGCUGACUAAAUGCAACAACGUAAGGGUAAGACUCUAUUAUGUAGCAGCUAUGGUUCUCCUAGACCUGCUCACACUCAGCGAUCUUCCACAUGACCCCAUUGCCUUUGAUGUCGUCUACCAAUGGGUGCUCAAAAACCGUGAGGAUAUCUGUGUUAUCUUUGAUAACCUGGAUGGGUCCGAAGCUUGGGAGCGACUCAUUUCUGAUGCCUUUCACGAGAAGGAUGGUUUUGGAAAGAUAAUCGUGGCCAGCACACCAGGUCGUAUUUCAAAACGCAAUGUAGAUACUCUCUUUUACUGUUAUGGGCUUUCAACUGAAUACAGCUACAAGAUUGUCCUGUCUAGGCUCAGGACGGAAGCACCUCAAGUCAUUGACAGAAUCUCAUUUCUCCUGGCUUCAAACCACACACAGGAGUUACUGUGCAACCCCUUGAGCCUGUCUCUACUGGUAGCGUAUUUAAGAAGUGUGAAAGAGGAUGACAAAAUACCCGAACACUUAUCUGAGCUUCUGGAGAACCUCAUUCACCACGCUAUGGCACCCGAAGUGAAUACCGUCCACAAUAUUUCAAAAGGCAGACGACAAAGAUUUUCCCUGCAGAGUGUCUGUGAAACCGUGGCGUUUGAGUGUUUGGAAAACGACACCAACUACUUUUCAAAGCAAAAGUUCCCCCAGCAGUUUUGGACACGCCAUCUCUGCGAUUGCCGGGUCCUACACGAAGUCCACGAAAUAGCAAACUUUGCUUUCAUCCAUGAAAGACCUGCUUCCCCAACGGUCAGCAUAGCAAUCACGCCUGACAGUGAUUCUGUUCACAGUAGCACCUCUUCUAACUUUGAAAUAACUCUUUCUUCUGAGCUGUGCUCCAGCAACCAGAGCUUAAGCUCAGUCGAUCAGGACGGGGGUAGGUCUGACGCAGAUUUAGCCAUGGGAAAAGCAGCGGGAAUUUUACUGCAAGUUCCAAGCGUGCACUCUUCAUCAGAUUCAUCCAAGAAAAAUGCAGAAAGGCCAAGAUCCCUGACCCUCCUAGAUGUUAAAAAACAGGCCACAGCAAAAUCAGUACAGACGAUGCAGACUAGCGGAGAAAUCGUAUCUUUCACCAGUCGCUGUAUCAGAGACUUCCUCGCCUCUAAGAGAGUCUGUCGAUAUCUUCAAUCAGACAGAGACUGUGAUAGCUUCAUCGAAAGACUAAUAGCCAAACCCCAGUUCUACCCAGUCUUACGUCUGACCGUUAGAAACUUGUACAUCUCCGGUCGACCAGAUUUGAUCCUUAAUCUUCUGGACAUGCUUCUCGCGUACCAGGAAUUUGGCUUUCAAACGCACUUCAAUGUGUCCCCAUCGCAGUCUCCCCGAGGGCCUUCUCCAACAAACUUCGGAGAUACGCCUCUGCGAGUAAAAAUACCUCACCGAUAUCGCAUAUCGAACUCCGACUGUCUCUUCAGGGCCAAGAGGGAAGAGCAGAAGCAGAGGCGGUCGUCGACGUCCAUACUCGGUACUUGUUUUGAGAGUACAUCCACACUAAGGACGUCCCCGAGUUUCAACCGUCUGCUCAAAAACACGUCCAGCCUGAGUCCCUUCUCCACACAGGAGGCAACUGAGCCUACUAGAGGAUAUCUGGAAGAUUUUAAAGAAGCGCUAAUCUGGCUGGCGGAGACUGACAACAGUGAGCCAUAUAUCGGAGCAGUUUCCAACAGAUUUCCCGAUAUCCUGGUCAUUUCCUACCACAAAUGCCCACCAGAAACAAUUGACCACUUUAUUUGCUUGACCAAAGGCAGCGUGCCUCCCAUCAAAGAAGUGGUGCUGUACAUGAGCGGCCUCUACGCACACUGGGACCUGGGUAUCAGUCUAGCGGAAGCGCUGAAUACUCUGUCCAAUUUGAGAGUCCUCCGCAUCAGCAUGAAGUCCGUUGUGGAAACCUCGUUUCUCGUGGAUUUUCUGUGUGAGUGUUUUGAGAAGAACUCUCACAUUGACACUCUGUACUUGGAGGGACCCAUGAACGUGGCGGAGAACUUAACGCCGAGCGAACACAAGCGGGUUCACAAAGUGUUCAGUGAGAGAAUGCUUGCUUUGAAGACCCUAGCGCUCGACAACUUCAGCUACCACCACAGAAUCGGCUACAUUUUAGGCUGCUGGCCGAACUAUAUUCAAAAUCUACGUAUAAAAAAAUGCAACAUUGACAGCGUCACAGAAAAGAUCAAUGAAAAGCUGUCCCUGUGUCCCGAUUUAACGAGCCUGACUUUAGAAAAUUGUUUUGUACCUGUGUGUAGCCUUCUGUCUAUCGCUGAUCACAUCUUAGAGCGUGCCUCAAUUCUGCAGCUGACAACCCUGGAACUGACAAUUCUGUCGUCGUCACGAAAGUUCAACAAAAGCGACGCUAAAAAGGCCUACUUCAAACCAGCGCUCACAUACCAGGUUUGUAGCAGACUUGCAGACAUCCUCAAAUCUUCCCUCACCUUAAAAACACUAAUCUUAAGCUACAAUGGUUUGUCUGGGGAUAUUGCUCGUCUGCUCUUGCUGGCCACACCGGACAGCCUAGCCUUAGCCACACUGGAUUUGACUGGAAAUCUGAUCGGUAACGACAUUCAAGAUGACGUCAUACUGGUCAUCAGUAAAGCAGUGAAGCUGAAGUCCCUGUUGCUAGGAGACAACAGCAUCACGAAAGAGGCUAGAAGUGCCAUAAUACAGAAAUCGCUGUGUCGGCAGGACCUUCAUAUCAGCCUUUGA